AAAAACCCAGCUGUUUUGCGUCACAUUUCAUACUAGGAAUUUUUACAUUCCUCAUUAUUGCGUUGUUCAUUUGAACACUUGGUCUAUAGACCAUUAUUACCACUAUAGUGAAAGUGAGACAUUUUUCUAAUACAAUUUUCAAAAAAAUGGCAGUGUUAAACGCCUUUGGAUUAAUUUCAAUAAUAUUAAUUUUGCCAUAUUUUAUUGCGGCACAUACCCACGAUUGUUAUUACGACGAUGCAACAAAACAUGUUGAAUACGAUUGUGAUGGGAAUCGCGGUGUACAUUUUGAGCACAAAACCACUGAAGUGUUGUACUGUCACAAUUAUUCAUCGGCCAUCGACAGAAGUGAAAUUGAAUCGAUAAGUUUUCAUGAUUGCUUGAUUUCCGGAUUUUGGGAUAAUCGGUUAAACUUGGAUCGUUUUGUGAGUCUUCGCAUCCUAAACAUAUCAUCCAUGGGAAUUGAUCAAUUUCCUUCUGAUCAAUUUCAAGCGAAUCGUCAAUUGGAGCGGAUUUUUGCAUCGCACAAUAAGCUAACGAUGAUUAACACGUAUAUAUUUGAUUCAAACCGUAAAUUAAUUGAAGUUGAUCUAUCGUACAAUCAAAUCAACCGAAUAUACAUGACAAUGUUUGAUAAUACGCCAAAAUUAAAAUUUUUAAAUCUACUUAAUAAUUCAAUUGAAUAUUUGUGGCCCUGGACCUUUUCAAAUCUACUUGAGUUGGAGAUUUUGAAUUUGAAUGACAACCAAAUCAAACAACUGGAUUGCGAACUUUUAUCGACGCUAACCGAACGAAAGUCAUUGGAUAUUUUGAUAAAUACUCUUGAAGUAGUGCAAACAAUGUGCAAAAUUGAUGAAAAAUCAUUCGAUUUAGAUAUUGUGAUUUCACCCAAGGAAACUGCAACUCGUUUACGUGUAUCAGAUGGUAAAUUACAAUGGAUUUUCACCGAAGACGAUUUCACACGGCUUCAACGUAUGAAUUUCACCAACAACGGAAUAGUUAAUAUGCUGAACAUCGACCAGAACACAAAUACAAUCGAAAUUGUUGACGUUUCAAAUUAUUAUACGCUCGAUCAAUUUUAUACCGUUGAAUGUGUAUUCGUUUUCAUUGCCAUGAUUUUUGCUGUAAUUUGUGUCUAUCACCUUUCAAAAAAAUGCAUUUGCUCGAACAAGAAUUACAAAAAAAAUUUAUCAGUUUACUCGAUCGAACAAAGUUUAUUGCACAAUCAAUAUGAAAAAAUGAGUGCACCACAAGCUUGCUAUCUGAUAGAAACUUCCUUACUUUCCAGAAAAAAAAUGUUCACAAAAAUAGUUUGUAAUUUUAUUUUAUUUGUGUUAAUUCUACCGUGUUUUGAGGCACUGAGUACUCGAGACUGUUAUUAUAAUGAAACAAAACUUCAUAUACAAUACAUUUGUGAUGGAAAAACUGGAAAACAUUUCGAUCAAAGAACGAAUCAAUAUUUGUACUGCAACAAUUAUUAUACCACGGGUAUUGAUAGGAGCAAAAUUCAAUCACUGAGCUUUAAGGAAUGUACCAACCCUAAACUUGAGGAUUCCUUGUAUUUUUUUGAGAGUCUCAGAAUAUUCAACGUAUCAUUCUUCGAGCUCCAAUACAUUUUUACUAAAGACUUUUCAAAUAGUAAACAUCUGGAACGAAUUAUUGCUCAUCAUAACCAAAUCGCCGAACUUCCUGCCAAUCUAUUUAGUAACUUGCCGGACUUGGUUGAAUUGGAUUUUUCAUUUAAUCAAAUUGCUCGACUGGACGUAUUCACAUUUAGUAGUAGCCGCAAUUUAAAAGCAUUGAACAUUUCGUACAAUAAAAUCGAGACAGUCAACGCGCCGAUAUUUUCACAUCUACAGCAUUUGAAGAUGUUGGAUUUGAGUGAUAAUCGAAUUAAAACCAUCGAAAACAGUUUAUUCGAACACAAUCAUGAGCUGAAAAGUGUGCGCCUACAUAACAACCAAAUAAAGAGAUUGGAAUGUGGAUUUCUUACGUCUUUUGCAGAUAGAAGCUCAAUCGACAUCUUUAUAAACACAUUGGAAAAAAUCGAAAUAAUUUGCGCUGAUGGGGCUACAAACAUCGAUUUUGAUAUUGUCAUUUCACCCAAAGAAACAGAAACCCGUUUGCAUUUGUCAGAAAGAACAUUUCAAUGGAUUUUCACCAGACGUGACUUCAUAACUAUUCGUCAUUUGAAUUUAUCGAGCAGCCGAAUCGAGAAUAUUUCAGCAUUGAUGCAGGAGGCAAGUCCACUUCUUCAAACGCUUGACAUAUCAAAUCAUUUCAUCGGAAAUCUAACCGCGAUUACUUUCGAAAAAUUUACGACUUUAAAACAAUUGUACCUCAAACGAUCGAAUUUACCAAAUUUCGACUUCAUCACAUUUUAUCAUCUAAGAAAUCUGGAAAUUUUAGAUAUUUCGUACAAUAAUUUGAACACAGUUGAUUUUUAUCUAUUUUUACGAAAUUUUAAAAAUUUAAACGAAUUGAAUUUGGAAGGGAAUAAUUUAACAGAAAUCGAUAGUGUGACACGCUCUCAUUUUCCAAAAUUAUCCGUUUUGGGUAUAUCGAAAAAUAAUUUCUCCUGUGAUUACUUGGUGAAAUUUUUACUGCAGUGGCACGAUUUAAAACUGAUUGAUAAUCCAACCAUCAAUCAAACACACGUCGACGGCGCUGAUUGUUCACACAUGAAUCAAACGAUUGCGGAUGAUAAGGUUGAGUACGAUAACUCCUAUAAUAGACAUUUGAUGGCACUUACAAUUAAAUACGGUUUUAUUUUCGCCGGAGUAGUAGUUUUUUCCAUAUCCAUCUCUUUCACUAUUAUCAAAUUUAAACGAUCGUUUGCAGUUUUAUACGAAAAUAAGCCUGUCGUUCAUAAUGUUAUUUACGAUGUUCAAGGUGAUGAACAAAAUCAAUAUGCUGAACUCUUACACUCAUAGAUGUUGACGUAAUUUUUUUUAAGGUGGGUGAUGGCAAAAUUCCGUAGGAGGUCCCUGACGAAGUCAACAAUUUGUCGGAAAU